GGUGGUGCAUUGCAUGGCUGUACUCUCAGCUCUUAGGAGAUGGAGGCAGGAGCCUCAGAAGUUUGGGCCAUCUUGGGCUACUUAGGGACCUCGGAGCCACCCUGGAGAACUUGUCUGGGACAAAAUGAAACAACAUUUCAACAACCAAAUGAAUAAAAUACAAACAACCCAGGCAGAAGUAAACUACGGGGGUAGACUGUUGGUGGAGUCGCGACUGGGGCCAGGAGCAGGAGCUAAGGUGUCCCUGCUGCACAGGGGCUGCUCUGGAGCUCUGGCAGCCCACGUGACAGGUGCCAUGCUGCCCCGAUGGGAACUGUCUCUUUACCUGCUCACCUCCCUAGGCUUCCACUUCUACUCCUUCUACGAAGUUCACAAAGCCUCCCGAGAACAUGAAGAGGAGCUGGACCGGGAAUUUGAGCUGGAGACGGACACGUUUUUCGGAGGACUUAAGAAGGACCCGACCGACUUUGAGUGGAGCUUCUGGAUGGAAUGGGGAAAGCGGAAGCUGGCCUGGCUCCUCCUGGGCCAUGUGGUAGUGUCUCAGUUGGCCAUACUGCUUGCCAAGAAGCACAGAGCCUGGAUCCUCAUGGCCUAUGGAGUGUGCGCCUGCUGGUGUGUGCUGGGGGCCCCGGGCGUGGCCAUGGCUGCUCUCCACACCAUCAUUGCCUUCUGCGUGGCCCAGCUCCACUCGCUGCCCCUGUCCUGGCUCUGCUCGCUCCUCCUGCUCUCCACCCUGAGGCUGCGUAGCGUGGAGGAAAUUCAGAGGACGUGGUACACGACGGAGAAUGAGUACUUCCUCUUGCAGUUCACGCUGACAGUUCGCUGCCUGUACUAUACCAGCUUCAGCCUCGAGCUCUGCCAGCAGCAGCUGCCGGCCAAGCGGGCCGCCUGCUCCUUGCCCUGGAUGCUGGCCUACGUCUUCUAUUACCCCGUCUUCCACAACGGGCCCAUCCUCAACUUCCCAGAGUUCUUCACCCAGAUGCAGCAGCCGGAGCUCUGCUCCCCACGGCACAGGCUCUGCAUCCUGGCCCAAGGCCUGGGCCGCCUGCUGUGCUGGUGGGGGCUGGCCGAGCUGAUGGUUCACCUCAUGUACACGCACGCCCUCCACAGCAGCACCCCUCUCCUGGAGGUUGUCUCUUGCUGGACCUUAGGAGGCCUGGCGCUGGCCCACGUGCUCUUCUUCUACGUGAAGUACUUGGUGCUCUUCGGGGUCCCGGCUCUGCUCAUGCGCCUGGACGGGCUCUCCCCGCCGCCCCUGCCCCGCUGCGUGAGCACCAUGUUCAGCUUCGCUGGGAUGUGGAGGUAUUUUGAUGUCGGACUCCAUAAUUUCUUAAUCAGCUCCCUGGGCAGCGAGUGCCUCACUCUUGGUUCUGUGACGUUUCCACCUGAUGCUUCAGAGACCGAAGAGUCUAGUCCCUGCUUUUCCAUUUAUUCUUGGUCUCUGCCCCCAGACCUCACCAUUUCCUACUCUCCUGGAGUUCCACUCAAUCCAGACUCCUGGUCUUGUUUCUUCUUGAUGGCUCUCAUUGCCCCUGGUGGACGGAGGAUGAACUGCGGGUCGUGCGUGCUUCAUUUGGUCAGAUAGAGUCUGGCUACUUCUCUCCAGCUGCUUGCUGCUUUCAUGACGGGCAGCUGAGGCAUGCUGGCUCUGCACUACCUCCCCGUCAGCCAGGAGGGUCCAGCAUCUCGCUGUCACUGAUUCCAUUCUACUUUGCUGUCGGCUGUGGGGCUGGAGGACCAAAAAGGGAAGCUACCUUUCCCAUGGAAGCUGGAGGACGUGUGUACCAGAGCCAGCAGCCAGAUUACGUGAUUGCGUGUUCAGACAAAGUCCGUGCUCCAAUAUAGAGGAUCAGAGAAGAGCAGAGCUGCCUGUCACGCAUUUGUGUAUUGGGGGCAUUUAAGUUGGACCUUUGCCAUGAAGUAGGAAUUCUCAACCUCGGCACUGCAGACAGCGUGGGCCGUCCAUGCUUCCUGUGGGAAGCUUGUCCCAUGGGCUUCACAUGGCUUGCAGCAUCCUUGGCAUCUACCUGGUAAAUGCAAGUCACAGCUCUAGUUGUGACAACUGAAGAUGUCCCCAGACUGUGCCAGUUGCCCCUGGAAGGGUGGAAGAUUGUUCUGUGUGAGAACUUCCACUACAAAAUAAAACGUCCUGUCAGGUUUCGAGCUGCGCAGAAUAGAGGAUGGAGGAAGGCAGUGUGGGGCUUGCAGGUUAGAGUCGUGUCUGUUCAUGGCCUCCCACCAAGCCUCACCUGAGCACUUACUGCAACAUUUGGACAGCCCUGAAAAAGAUGAUCCAAACAGUAAGAAGAAGUAGGAGUAGGCUUCAGCCUGUUAGACACCACGGGAAAUUUCCUUUACCCCAGUGUUGUGCAGAAGGCCAGCCACACCCUUCCUCUCGUUCUGCUGUUGCCCAUCUCGCCAGCUCAGUCACACGUGGUCUGGACCAGCCUGAAGAGGCAGCUGCUCUGCCCUGGUACAGCGGUUGUCUCGUGUCUCAAUUCAGGUGUCACAUCCUCCUCCGCAUGGCAAGCACUUCUGUUUCUGCACCAGUGCAGAGACUCGUUACACUAGAAGAGGAGACAGGAAGUGUGGACCGUUGGCGGUGGACCACCAGGGUUUGCGCACAGGUGAAAGGUGAGGCAGGAAGGUCCCUGCCGACACCAAGUGCCAUUUUACUCCCAUAUGUGUCAGUGGUUGGGCAAGCAAAGAAGAGAAGGCCUCCGCAGGGGAGAAGGGACACACCAGAGUACGAGCUGGAGACUUGAGCAGCGUGAGGAUGGGUGCCUGGGUUUGUCCAACCGAGGACUGCCAAGAGGCCCCAGGACAGCGUGA